UUACUUCAUUCACUGCAUUACAAGCAUUCCUUGCGCAGUGGCCAUCUGUUUCUGAGAUCAGAGGAUUGGCCAUCUUGCGGCACAAUGAAUCUAACCCAGGAACAUCUGUUCUGUCUGGAAUUGAUGGCCAAUCGGAACAUUAAUAUUAUCCUGUGGCAUUAUAAUCUGACUGGGCGUCUGAGUGGAAGAUCAAGCAAAGGAAUUGGCAUUUUCCACCUGCUAGGCAUCCUCAUCAGUGUAUUAAUUAUCCUGGAAAACCUCUCUGUGUUAUUGGCUCUUCUGAGGGAUCCACGUAUGAGGCGCUGGGUUCACUGCUGUUUGGGUAAUAUUGCACUGAGUGACCUUUUGGCUGGUAUCUCCUACCUACUGAACCUCUUUUUGUCGGGUCCAACAACAUUCCGCCUGAGCCCAGCUCUCUGGUUCCUAAGAGAAGGUUUACUCUUUACAACACUGGCAGCUUCAACUUUUAGUCUUCUUGUUACAGCAGUGGAGCGCUACUGCACUAUGGUUAUACUGGUUACAGAGAAUAACUCUGUGAAGAGUAUGAGGGUUCAGGGGGUUAUUGUCCUGUGCUGGGUUUUAGCAGGAGUGGUUGGAUUCUUACCACUGCUUGGAUGGAACUGCCUGUGUAAGAUUGAGAGCUGUUCCAGCCUUCUUCCUCUCUAUUCUAGGACUUAUUUAUUCUUCAGCAUUAUUUUGUUGGGUGUUACCUUGCUUGGCAUCAUUGCUGCCUAUUGUACUAUCUACUAUUUGGUGUGUACUAGUGGAAGGCGGGUUGCAGAAACCAACAGUAGUCGGCGAUCAUUUCAUCUUCUGAAAACUGUUCUUAUUAUUUUGAGUGCAUUUGUAAUUUGCUGGAGCCCACUGUUCUUCUUCCUUAUAGUGGACUUUACAUGCUCACCCCCCUCUUGCAAAUCUCCUCUUGGAUUAGAAUGGGUUCUGGCUGUGGCAGUCUUAAACUCAGCCAUAAAUCCACUGAUUUACUCCUUUAGGAGCUCAGAAAUGCGGAGAGCAGUUCUAGAACUCUUCUGCUGUGUCUGCAUCCGAGCAGGAGUAAAACCACCUGCAUGCUGCCAGCUUGGCACAGAGAUCACUUCAGGUUCCUCUAACGAGGGUUCAUAUAAGAACAGAAGCAGUGUGCGUCUUUCACGGGCGCUUAGUGUCAGGAGCCCCCUUACUAGUAUUUCAAGUGCACCCAGUCAGUAGAGACAGGUGUUAGCUUUGAUAUGAAACUGCUUAAGAGCAUAGAACUUGAGAAAGGGCAAAAAAUAGACCAAAACGUUGCCUGGUCUUUGACCCCAAUAAACACUCUUUUCAUCUUUUGCAACUGAGAGUGCCACACGUAUUUUGUAACACGUGACUUAUUACCGCUGGCAAGGGUUUAAACUGUUCGAACACCUGUCCAACAAGGAAAUGCUCUCAUAGUAACAUACAUAGUAACAUAGUAAGUUAGGUUGAAAAAUGACAUACAUCCAUAAGUCCAACCUUGAUGCCUAUAUAUAACCUGCCCAACUGCUAGUUGAUCUCAUGAUAACUAGAAGAGCAGAAAAGACAAACAGUUUGACAAUCAUUUGAAAUGACUUCAAUUUAUGCCAUUUACUGCCCUGUAGUAUGCAUUUCACAGGAGUUGGUCACUCAUCACAACCAGUGGAACUCUCCCACCAUUAUGCCUUUAUGUGAUUAAAACACUUUUUUACAAGGAUAAUUCCACAUAUAUACUGGUCAGUACCAGUCCUUUUACUAGAUUACCACACAGGGUAAGAGAGGGUCUUGGAGAUGUUUAUUGAAAUAGAUAUCAGACAAUGGAUAUUAAUUUGCCAUAGAAAUUCAAAGAUCCAUCAUACUUUGCACUCCUUUUACAGAUCUAGGUAUGCUUUUCCUUCAGUUAUUCUGUUAUAUUGCACUUAAACUAAAUGGCUACAAGAGCUUAAACUUCAAGGACAUAUGGACAGACAUUUGGUACGGCGAAUAAUACUUUUAAAACAAAAACACAUUUCCAUUGUGUACUUGGAACUCUUACUCUGUCUGCCAAGCACAAUUAAAGAGAGGAUUUUGUUGGACACAGAGACUUCUUAAAUGUAUAGACUUUAAUAUAUGACAUAAUAGUAUUUCCUACACACCUUAGUCCAGCUAAGGUCCUUACGCUUUUAAUUAUUCAGCUGUAUCUUGGCUGAUUUACUAUUGACUUGCUGUAUAUAUGUAUACUAAAUUUUUGGUUGUUAUUUCAUUUAAAUAAAUAUUCACAGUUUGAAACAA